AUGAUCAAUGAUGAUUAUUGCGACUGCACUGGAGAUGGCAAGGACGAGUAUCUAACUUCUGCUUGUUCCUUUGUGCCAGAUUCGAAGUUUACAUGCGAGAACAAGGGAUAUAAAAGCGUAAAAAUAUACUCAUCGCGUGUAAAUGAUGGAAUUUGUGAUUGCUGCGAUGGAAGUGAUGAAAAGGAAGGAGUGUGCGAGAAUGUUUGCGGCGUAUAUCCUUAUGACAGUGGUUACUGUGUAGAUAGAGCACGAAAAGUAUAUUUCUGA